CGUGUGAGCUCUUAGUUCCUCUCCAUCCAUUCUAAUUUCUCUUCUUUGCCUUUACAUUUUUCUUUCUAUCCAUACUUUGCCUUUCUCCCUAUUUUCAUCUUAAAGAAAGAAGAAGAAAAGUGUGUCAAGUAAGCUACAGCAAUGCCUGUUACAAGCAAAGAAACAACAACAACAAUGAAUGCAACAACACUAACAGGAGAAGAAACAAACAAAGACUUCCCUUUUGUCAUGUCUUCCUCUACUUAUCCUAUCACCCUUACGUUUAUGGACGUGAGUUAUAGGAUAAAACUUGAAAACAAAUCAAGUGGGGGAAGCAGCAAUUUAAGAAAGAUGUUUUCAGGUGGCCCCACAUCGUCGACCGAUAUCGAGAAUCCUACGGCCACGAUUCAUCAAGAACGUACAGUCUUGAAUGGUAUUACGGGAAUGGUUUCACCCGGUGAAAUCCUAGCCGUUCUUGGACCAUCAGGAAGCGGGAAAUCAACGCUUCUAAAUGCACUUGCAGGAAGGCUCCAAGGACAUAGCUACACCGGAACAAUCCUUGCGAAUAACCGGAAACUCAGCAAACACGUCUUGAAACGAACCGGAUUCGUUACACAAGACGACAUCCUUUACCCACACUUGACGGUUCGAGAAACUCUAAUCUUCUGCGCUCUCCUCCGCCUCCCUAACUCGCUGAACCGGAAAGAAAAGAUAGCCAUCACCGACUCAGUGAUCACCGAGUUAGGACUCAAUAAAUGUGAGGACACAAUAAUUGGAAACAGCUUCAUACGUCGUGGGGUCUCAGGUGGUGAAAGAAAACGAGUAAGUAUAGCCCACGAAAUGCUAAUAAACCCGAGUUUACUCAUACUCGAUGAGCCGACGUCCGGCCUAGACGCUACAGCGGCUUACCGGUUGGUUUCGACAUUGGGGUCAUUGGCGCAGAAGGGAAAGACUAUAAUUACGUCGGUUCACCAGCCAUCGAGCCGGGUUUUUCAAAUGUUCAACUCGGUUCUGGUUUUGUCGGAGGGGAGGUGUUUGUACUUUGGAAAAGGAAAUGAAUCAAUGAAUUAUUUCGAGUCGGUUGGAUUUUCUCCAUCUUUUCCCAUGAAUCCUGCUGAUUUCCUCCUUGAUCUCGCUAAUGGUGUUUGCCAGUUUGAUGGAGUAAGUGAGAAAGAAAAGCCUAACGUAAAACAAACUUUGGGAUCCACUUACAACAAGUCGUUAGCUCCCAAGGUCAAAGCAGCUUGUUUGGAUACAAUCGACACAGUUCCUAAAGAAGUCUUGCACACGGGAACCUAUUCGUGUUCUAGUUCCAAAAGAACUUGCACAAAUUACGUCUCCGAUUGGUUCAAUCAAUUUAGCAUUCUCCUUCAAAGAGGGCUAAAAGAAAGAAAGCAUGAAACCUUCAAUUAUUUGAGAGUGUUUCAAGUAAUUGCAGCCUCUUUGUUAGCUGGUUCAAUGUGGUGGCAUUCUGACUAUAGGGAUAUACAAGACAGGCUUGGCCUCCUCUUCUUCAUUUCCAUCUUUUGGGGUGUUUUCCCGUCGUUUAAUGCUGUUUUUGCUUUCCCUCAAGAACGUGCCAUAUUCGUGAAGGAAAGGGCUUCGGGUAUGUAUACGCUCUCCUCCUAUUUCAUGGCACGAAUUGUUGGAGAUCUACCCAUGGACCUUAUCUUGCCUACAUUUUUCCUCAUUAUAACAUAUUGGAUGGCCGGGUUAAAGCCACAACUCUUGGCAUUCCUUUUGACACUACUCGUCUUGCUGGGCUAUGUGGUAGUGUCACAAGGGUUUGGUCUAGCCUUUGGCGCCAUAAUCAUGGAUGCUAAACAAGCUUCGACUGUGAUCACUGUCAUGAUGCUAGCAUUCGUUCUGACGGGAGGGUUCUACGUACACAAAGUGCCAGCUUGCCUAGCUUGGAUUAAGUACAUUUCGACCACAUUUUAUUGUUAUCGACUACUUAUAUAUGUCCAAUUUGGAGAAGGCCAGGAAAUUUCGGACUUGCUAGGCUGUUCACAUCAGGGAAGUGACAGAGCUAGCUGCAAAUUUAUUGAACAAGAUGUCAAAGGUCAAAUUCAUCCAUCCGCGAGCCUGGGAAUCCUUCUGAUAAUGUUUAUUGGAUAUCGAUUAAUUGCUUACCUUGCAUUAAGGCGAAUUCGAACAUAAACAUAGGGAUAAUGGGAGGGGAAAGCUUCUGACUUCAUUAGAACAUGAAAUCUGUUAGCUUGUUUUGUGGGGGAUGUGGGAAACAGUAUAUGCUUGCUGAAUAUGUGACUGACAAAGCUGGAGUGGGCAGGGAAAAUUCCAAGUGUAUUAUAAGAGGAAAGAGUCUAGAGACGUUGCGAUUCACUUGCCACCUAAAACUGGCGAAAGGUCAGCAUUCGUUGUAACUCAUAUGUGUACAAUUUAAUGGUACUCAAAAACAGGAGUUUCACUCCUAUGAAACGAAAAAUUAUUUUCUUUUCUUAUGAGUUAUUUUGA